AUUCGUUUUAAUGCAUUGAUGCUGCCAAUGUGACCAGAAUGAGGCUCUGGACGAUCGCCCUGGCGAUCGAGAGUUUCGCUGCGUCCACGGGUCAAGUGUUCUAUGAUGCGCUACCUCCAGGAUCUAUCCCUGGCAUGGGGUCGCCCGGCUACCCGUUCUACCAAGCGCAAGCCCCUUUCCAUCCGAACGCGAAGUUCUACGGUGGAUCCCAGAUACCCGUGUCCUAUUAUCAGAACUUGUUGGCAAGCCUCAAAAAUUAUCAAUCGCCAUCGCCUGCAAAGCUGUACACCUCGCCUUUACCGCAAAACGCGAAUUCAGUCAUCGACCAGGAGAGGACACCACGCAAACCUACGGUGGGCCCUUCGAAGCCUCCGGGGAAACCCGACGUCGUCGUCGUCCAAGAAAGCCUUCCGGAUGCAGCUGCUCUUCAGGCGACGCUUCAACUGCCCCUGGAGCGACAAGAGGAACUCCACAUCCUCACUGCAUCUAGCGAUGAUCGGGAACGAGAGUCGCAGGAAAUUGCGGUGCAGCCCGCAGACGUCGAGAAUUCAGCAAGCGGCGUCAGGGUCGUGAAGUUCGACGAUGUGCGGCACACCUGCAGAGCAGUGAAAGUUUGUGUGCCACAGGUCGCAAGGAAAUCUCGGCCCGGCAAGCCGCAAGUUCCGCAUGCAUCUGCCAUGAAUCAAAGCGGGCCUUCUGGAAUGAAACCAAUUUACCUUUCAGCGACGGAAGCUCCCUUCAGAAUCUUCCAGUUGGCCGAUCCAAAGAAAAGAAUUGUAUUUCAGCCGACCAAGGCUGAGGAACCAACAACGGCUGCGAAUUUCGACGAUGAGCUUUGGAGAUGA